AAAAAAAAACAGAGUUAGGUAAUAUGGAAUGAUUUCCUAAGCCACAUGAAACCAAGUCUUCCUUUUUUUUUUUUUUUUUGAGUUAAAGCGGGGACAAAGUAAAGCGACCGAUAAUUAUGCGUCCCACACCAAAAAAAAAAGUUAUUUUUUAUUUUUUACUUUAAACCAAAAUGUCAAAACGCGCCAAUCAAGAUCCUAGUAUUACCUCUGAAAGUAAGCGUACACGUAAAGAAGGCCAUGCCUCUGAUUGUACCGACAGCAAAUGUGAAGGUUGCGAUGUUGGCCAAGUAGAGAUCUCUUUUGUACGUAAAGACGCUCAAGGCCAACCCAUCGAUACGGAACCCGAUGCCACCGAACUCUUAGCCAUGGCCAUUGAUGAAGCCAGUCGUGAUACAAACAAUGACAAUGAUGACGAAAACAAUGGUAUGGCUCGUCGUUUAUUCGAUAUGGCCAUCGAAAAAUUCCAAAAGGAGGAACCCGAAAACCGUUUGGGUUAUGCUACCUGUCUUGUUGAACUCGGUAAAGCCAUUGCCGUAAAAGAAAGUAUCAGUGAAGGCCUUGAAAUCUUGCGUGGUGAAUUGAAAAAGAACAAUACCGAACACGUCGCUUUACAAUUAGCAGGUGCUGCCAUCGCAUUGGCUACCUUUAUCCGUAAGGAACAAGAUGCUUACUUUGAAAAACAAGAGAAAGAAAUGGAUGAGGAUGAUGAGGUGGCUCGUGGUGAGCUUUUGGCUAAACAGGUCGUGGGUAAGGACGAGGAAAAGCUCUACAAGGAGGCCUUGGAACAUACCAAGGACGCUUUUAGUCGUUUAAAUGAGUCGCUUCAUAAAGAGGCUCAAAGUGUCUUGUAUGAAUUAAAAACAUACGGUCUCUUAUUGGUCCAACCUUUCCACAAGGAUCAUGCCAACGCUGUCCUCGAUACCGUCUCCGAUUUGCUCCAAAAGUUACCCAAUUAUGAAGAAAACGAUGAAUUAUUAUUAUUGUGGGCCGCUUGUCUUUUACAUCAAGAAAAAUUCGUUGAGGAUAAAAAACAUUUAGAGGUCAUGGAUACCAAGAUUGAUCAAUUAUUAGCCAAGGCCAACGCCUUGUAUUUAAUUAAACACGAAAAGGAAAACCAUUACGUGUGGGAAAUGUAUGCUAUGCUCCGUAUCAAUCAAUCAAAUAACGCAGAUGAUGAGGAUGAGGCGUUAGAGUUGUAUGACGAAGCUAUCCAAUUCUUCAAGAAAGCUCAUACUUUAGACCCAGACAAUGAGAAACUCGCUGGUUUGGUUGCUAUGUUUGAAUCAAUGGAAGAACAGGAGAUGGCUGAGUUGGAUGAGCAUGGUGAAGAUGAUGAUGAGGAAGAAGAAGAAGAAGAAGA